AAGUUCGGCGAAUUCUGUGAAUUCUUGGAGAAACAACUGGAUGCCAUCCCUCUCGGCAGAUUGGGCACACCCCAAGAUGUGGCUGAGGCUAUAGCUUACCCUGCCUCCGACGCUGCGAGCUAUGUGACGGGACAGAUGAUUUUCGUCGAUGGGGGUCGACACUGCAAGUGAAGGCCAAGGUUCCUGAAGACGAAGAACUCCACUCGAAGCUGGGAACAGCAUAUUCAGCAUAUUCAUGGACAAAGCCAGUUCUGCCACGAAAGGUGUAUCACAGAGUCUCAUCAUCAGCAGGACCAUAAUCAUAAAUCUGUUGUAAUCAAUAUUGCAAGUUGAACUAGUUGGAGUAUAACUGCUUUAUCAUUUUUGUACAUUCAACUGUGAUAUAAGCUUAUGUCAUGAAAACAUGUAUGUCAUGUCACGACAUAAGUAUGCAAUUUGGAAAACCGGAAAAGGGACUAUUUUCUGUCAGAGUGCGGCUUUAUUCCAAAGCUAGUAAAAAUCCCUCUGACAUUAUGCCGUUCAUAUAAUCAACUGACACAGUGCCGUUGUUUAGUUGAGUUUAGUUUUACGCCGCUUUUAGCAAUAUCAGGACGGGGGACACCAGAAAUGGGCGUGAAACAUUCUACCCAUGUGGGGAAUCGAACCCGGGUCUUUGGCGUGACGAGCCAACGCUUCAACCACUAGGCUAUCUAACCGCCCCGCAAACACUAUGGAAGGAAGCAACUUUCCCCUGUAGCUAAUUAAAGUUGCGUACCCGGUCGAGACGGCAGAAGCGACAACGAUGGCGAAGUUUUCGGACCGAGUUGUACUUAUUACGGGAGCGAGCGCCGGAAUUGGAGAGGGCACGGCAUUGCACUUUGCCAAACAUGGAGCCAAACUCUCGCUAACGGGGCGAGAUAAGACGAGACUGGAAGAUGUCGCUAAGCGAUGUUCGGAGUGCGGGAUACCUGCUGAUGACAUUCUGACUCUUUCUGGUGAUCUGACCGACGAGGCGUUCAGGAAGGCCACCAUUGAAAAGACGGUCGCCAAAUUUGCCAGGCUCGACGUGCUGGUAAACAACGCAGGUAUGUUGUACCCAGGGCCGUCAAUGACGAUGGAUGGGUCCAAGUACGACCAGAUGAUGGACCUCAACAUGAGGGUGCCCUUCCAGCUGUCACAGCUCGCAGUCCCCCACUUGGAGAAGACGCAGGGGAACAUCGUGAACGUCUCCAGUAUUUGCGGAGCCAAGUCGAUGCCGGAAAUAGGGAUCUACUGCGUUAGCAAGGCUGCCCUUGAUAUGUUCACUCAGUGUCUGGCUUUGGAGCUUGCACCCAAGAAAGUUCGGGUAAAUUCUGUGAACCCCGGCACUGUCGUGAGUAUGAUACACAGACGAGAGGGAACUUCGUUCCACGACAAGGACGAUGAGUACGCCAAGUUCUUGGAGCAACAAGCUGGUCGCCACCCCCUUGGCAGAGUGGGUCAACCCCAGGAUGUAGCUGAGUCGAUUGCUUACCUUGCCUCCGACGCUGCGAGUUUUGUGACGGGACAGCUCAUUUUCAUCGAUGGGGGUCGACACUGUGUGUGUGCCGGCGUCUCCAAGUGAAGACCUACUUUCCUGAAGCCGAAAUUCUCCUCUCGAAGCACAUGACGUUUUAAUGAAACUGCGUAUAUAAUUAUACCAACGUAUUCAUCAGCCAAACCAAUUCGGUACGAAAGCAUGGUUUGGUCUGUGAAGACGGCUUUUCACUAAAACGUCGUAUGUUUUACACCUAUUAAAUUAUAUACCCCUGUCUGUGUGUGUCUGUAUCCAAAUAUAGAGAUGAGUA